UUUUAACAGAACGGGGUGCAUACUGGCUGUGACUGACUGCUUUUGUAAUCCAAAACUUCAGUUAGAAUUGAAGUACAGUAGUUUCACAUAUCCUCCUCUUUGCUUUGCUUAGUUCUCCAGUGGCCUGAAGAUGGUGCACCUACCCUGCUAGUGUUGUGAAUUGGCCAUCAACAUGAGUAUUCAUGAAUUCAGAAUGUGUAUCUUAGUCCCAAAUAUAUUUACAGUACUUCAAAAUCCAUCCCAUCUGCUUCUACAAAAUCCGUUAAACAACUUGACCUAGCAGUUCAGCUGUAACCUAUUGCCGUGUACUAUCUUAUUUAAUAAAAUCAUAGUUUCAUAAUAGACACUACCUAACUUUUCUGCAAAAUCAAUAAUAGAGUUCUGUUUGAAAAUAGUAAGGUAUAAUCUAUAACAACAGUGGGGGGAAAGAUGUGAUUAAGAGCAGGAAAUAAAAAACAUUUAUAACCACUGAUUAACUCUUAGGUCUGGCAAAGGUUGGUUGACAUUUUCCAGUUUUGUUGUGGAUAAUGUAAUUUCAAUGUGAGCAUUAAGAUGUGCUUAGCUUUCACACUGAAAAGCUGGGGGUUUUUAUGUCUUGUUCUUUGUCUCAGGAAUAUGAAAUACAUAAUUUAUAUAUAAAAACAAUCCCAACUAAAUAAUAAUAAUAGUAAUUUUAUUUUUAUACCCCGCCUCCAUCUCCCCGGGGGGACUUACAUAGGGCCAAAGCCCGGACAAAUACAGUAACAAAUUCUAAACCAUAAAGUCACAGGUCCAGAUUACAUCCCCAAAGUUUGCUAACAAAUAUAUUUUAGUUGUGUAAAAGUAAGCAGCCGAGAGGCAAACAGCACUCCCUGCGGAGAGGAUUUAGGCUUUGUUCUCUUUGAAGUGUGAAAGACAAUAUUUCAGAUUUGCAGGGUUAGGAUUUUCAAAAGCCUCCUAAACAGAAGUAGAAUUCAGAGAAGACACUCAUGUGCUUGGGAUUUUUAGAAAAAUUAAAAUGUAUUAUAUCUCAGGAUUAAAAUAACCACUUUCAGUGAGAACUAUGCUUGAGAAGCCCUGAUUUUUGUUUGCAUGUGACUUUGUACCCGCAGGGAUUAGCAUACCUGUCUCUGAACUACAAAAGUCACUGGCAAAUGAAUUAUUGGAAUAGGAGAGGUGAUGGCAAAAUGUUCCAGUUGGCUAUUUUUCCAUAUAACGACAGUGCUUUUUGUUACAUCUCAAUCCUAAUUCAGGAGAUGACAACAAGUAAGAGUGAUCUAUAGCUGUCUAAUCAGAUGUCCCACUGAAUUAAAUUAGUCUUAUGCUCAGCUAAAGGACAUAUGAUUGCAAAAUGACUGAGCUAUCUUGGAGUCCUGAGUAAUUUUAGACAGGAAUGUGUUGCCCAUCCACUUCCCCCAUUUUCAGAGGAUGGGACUUACACCUUGAUACUAUGUAUGCUCAUGUAGAAGGAACUCCCAAUGUGUACUCUUUCAAGGUCAGCAAAUAUAGAAUGCCAGCUUUUGUCAUGGUGAGCAUUUCUUUGAGCGUGUCCUUGAUGUCUGUCUCCUUCUGAAAACAUCAGAAUGCCUGUAGGCAUCAGCAGGAAAAAAAUGAUGCACAAAUUGGAAUUUCUUUUCAACAGUAAACACGGACCAUAAAAAUGUAAUCACUAACAAAACCCAUUACUAAUGUAAUCCCAUUCAACUAGUGGAAAAUAGGUAAAGGUAAAAGUUCCCCCUGACAUUAAGUCCAUUUGUUUCCGACUCUGGGGUUUGGUGCUCAUCUCCAUUUCUAAGCUGAAGAGCUGGCGUUGUCCGUAGACACCUCCAAGGUCAUGUGGCCGGCAUGACUGCUUGGAGUGCCAUUACCUUCCUGCCAGAGCGGUACCUAUUGAUUUACUCAUAUUUGCAUGUUUUUGAACUACUAGGUUGGCAGAAGCUGGGGCUAACAACAGGAGCUCACCCUGCUCCCUGGAUUCAAACCUGUGACCUUUUGGUCGGCAAGUUCAGCAGCUCAGCGCUUUAACACACUUCAACACCGAAGGCCCCUAGUGGAAAAUAUAUAACAAUAUAUUAAAAUAUAAAUAUUAAUUUACUUACUGUACAGUAUUCUGUACAUAUACUCCAAAAUAAGUAGAACAGUAUAGAUUAUCCAAAAGACAAAUGGUCACAAUUCAAAGACAUAGCUAUGAUAGUCCAGAAUAUCAGAAUGGAAAAGGAUUUUGUAGCUUUGAUGAAUGUAGCAUAAGCUUUUGUAGACUUAGUGUGCAUCUACACUAAAGAAUUAAUGUAGUUCGACACCAUUUAUGAGCCAUGGCUCAAUGCUAUGAAAUCAUGGGAGGUGUCGUUUUACAAGGUCUUUAUUGUUACCUAUUAAAUCAUGUUGGUGCUUUAUCAAGUCCCAGAAUUCCAUAGCAUUGAGCCAUGGCACAUAAAAUGGUAUUAAACUAUCAAUUUUAUAAUCUAGAUGCACCCUUAGUCUAUGGAAGUUUGUUAUAGUUUCUUUCUCUCCAUCUCAAAUGGACCCAAGAUCUAAUCAAGCCUGAACUGUUAACAGAACUCAAAAUAACUUGAGGCUAAUAUAUUUCGUACAUGCUGGAGAAACCUGGAGGCAGUAGGAAAAAACCAUAUUACAGCCAGAUUGAAUCAAAUCAGACCUUACAAGACCUGAGCAGAGUUGUUGAUAACUGUGGCUCUUGGUGAUCUCACACAUAAAGUGACUGGAGAUCAAAGUCGUCUUGAUAACCUCCCUCUCCAAUUUAAUGGAAUAAAGUAGAUAGGACUGAAGACAAUCCUAUAACAUUUCCUUUGAGUAAACACAGGGCUGGUACAUGUAGCUAUUCCAAUUUUUCCUCCCCAGCAGCUAUAGCUUUAAGGCUGAAAAUGAAGGUCAUCAAGAACUGUCCAUGCAAGGAUUCAACUACUGGUCUCCCAGAGUCGUCUCCCAACACACGGACUACUACACCACAUGGUGGUCUUUAAGGCAGAGUAAUUGUAUCAUCAAAAUACUUCCAUCCCAUUGAGUACAGUGCCAUUUGAUCCCUUGUUAAGUAUGGAUGAUGCCAUCCUCACCAUGCCAAUAUCUCUUAUCGCCGGCCAUAAUGGCUGAUUGGAGAUGCCAUUUAUCAUCAGCUGGGAGGUCACAAACUCCUCACCCUUGCUCUACAAGAACUCUUAAGCCUUAAUUCACCAAAGGUUGUUUUGGGUCACUGCCUUGGAUUAAAUAUUAAUUUUUACAACUGGAGAAGAGCUGAUAACCUGACAUUAAUACCACAUUACAUGACUUUUUCAUUUAAUCUUUUUAGCCAAACAAAGCAAGGCCCAAAAGUUAUGAUAACGACAAAGAAUUGCCUGUGUCUGACACAGUGUGGUGCAGAAGGAUAAAGAGCCCUCCUGGGAAUUUUUCUAGCUUAAUCCUGGUUAUAAUCUCUGCGAACUUCUUUUCCGUAACCGUCAGCAACCAGUUCAUGUCACAAAAAAUAUAGAUCUUGAUUUGAAGCCGAUGGAAUGUCCAGGGCUCGUGAUUUCAGGCUUGUUCUGUUGCAGUGUGUGUUGGUAGCAACACAAAGGCACACCGAGGGUGCCUUGCUUUCCCAAACAAAAUUAAGCAAGAACUGAUUUAGGAGCCCAGCACUUAUGAAAGUCUUCCCAAGCCGCUUGCUGUUUCUGCCGAUUUAGUGAUUAGCAUCCAAGAUUAAUAUGAAGCCCUCAAGCCAUUUGUUAGACUGGAAAUGGGAGAUUUUCCACAGUGGCGUUCUCUAAAGGAAAUUAAUUUUGAUUGCUACUGAGCCCAAGUAAUUGAACUAUAUGUCUAUUAGUCUGGAGUUAAUUGUUUUGUUGCCUUGGAUAACUGGAUAGAUAUGACUUGAAUAACUGGGUGGAUACGAGGAUAUAAAUUAUUAUGUGAUCCCAUAGUUCAAUAUCGAAAUCAGGGUUGAAACAUGUCUUAGAUAAAUAAGUACUCACCUUUCUCCUUUAUUUAUUCAGGAUGUCUACCUUUGGGUGUGUCUGCACUGUAGAAUGAAUGCAGUUUUAAAGCACUUCAAUUGCUCAUGACUCCUAUGACUGUUCAGGGCUUGCAAAGCAUAGCUCAAUUGUAUGGAAUGCGUAGUUUGCUAAGGCACUGGCAGUCAUUGGCAAAGAGUAAAACUACAAGCCCCAUGAUUCCAUGACAAUUAAAGUACUUUCCGACGUAUAGGAACCCAAUACAAUGUUCCAACCACUAUGCAAGAUUGAUAUGCUGUUUUCAAAUCUGACAAGAGGCCUUCAAAGUAGAUUACAAGAAAAAUUAAAACACAGAUAACAUAAGCAGUUGAAAUUUGGAAAGUUAUUUUUAAAAUAGGGAAAAAAGAGUUUUAAAUGUUGUUUUUUCAACUAAGAGCACACCUUCAGCGUGACUCUGUGGUCACCUUCCAGCAGAGAUUCCUAGAGGGAACAUAUUACAGUAGAGUCUCACUUAUCCAACACUCGCUUAUCCAACGUUCUGGAUUAUCCAACACAUUUUUGUAGUCAAUGUUUUCAAUAUACAGUAGAGUCUCACUAAUCCAAGCCUCACUUAUCCAAGCCUCUGGAUAAUCCAAGCCAUUUUUGUAGUCAAUGUUUUCAAUAUAUCGUGAUAUUUUGGAGCUAAAUUCAUAAAUACAGUAAUUACAACAUAACAUUACUGCGUAUUGAACUACUUUUUCUGUCAAAUUUGUUGUAAAACAUGAUGUUUUGGUGCUUAAUUUGUAAAAUCAUAACCUAAUUUGAUGUUUAAUAGGCUUUUCCUUAAUCCCUCCUUAUUAUCCAAGAUAUUCGCUUAUCCAAGCUUCUGCCGGCCCGUUUAGCUUGGAUAAGUGAGGCUCUACUGUAUCAUGAUAUUUUGGUGCUAAAUUUGUAAAUACAUUAAUUACUACAUAGCAUUACUGCGUAUUGAACUACUUUUUCUGCCAAAUUUGUUGUAUAACAUGAUGUUUUGGUGCUUCAUUUGUAAAGUCAUAACCUAAUUUGAUGUUUAAUAGGCUUUUCCUUAAUGCCUCCUUAUUAUCCAACAUAUUUGCUUGUCAUGGAACCCAGUUACAGGGCUUUGGUAAUUCAGCCCUGUAACUGGGAGUCAUAACAUAAACAAUCCCAGGAGCACCUGGCAGAAGAAGAUAGAAUAUGCCUGGGAACUUGGGGCCGAAAGUAUAAACAAUUAUAAUUGGUCUAGUGUGUGAAAAUGGUAGUAAUGUGAUAUUGGGGGUGGGACUUGAUGAUGAUAUUUACGUGUGGUGUUACGUAGCAUCAAAAGUUAUAAAAAUAGUUGUAUGUAAACAUUGGGUCAUUCCUGACUUUUCCAAAGUCAUGUGUUCUUCAAUAAAGAUUGGAUUUGAGAGCAGCCAUCUCUGAUCUGCGUUCAGACUGAUCCUUUGAAGUGAGCAGGACAAUUAAGUCAGGAAUCCAGUUCUCACCCUCCUGCAAAUUUGCAGUGAAGUGAUAAUGAGCAGGGAAGGAGAUCAAAGCCAUGACGGAGCAAAGGGGCCUCCGCUGGGAGCUCUGCCGUUGGCAGAAGAGACAUUGCAAGCCAUAGCUUCCUCUACGGGGUACCCCAAGCCGGACGGCGUGACCCAGAGGAUUCCCAGAGGGGGAAGAGGCGUUCCGGCGGCGGCAGAAACCAGUUGGGGAUCUGGAGGAAGCAUGCCGGAGACCGUGGCCCAGCGGUUAUCCAUCCUGGAAACUCAUUUAUCCAGGCUGUCGGAUACCGUGGGGAGAAUAGUGCCAAUAUUGGAAGAGAAUCUCCAAAAAGAGCACAUCCGAUAUGGCGCCGAGAGAGAGCCAAGCAAAGGAGGCGAUUGGAGCCAGAGGGGACAGCGAGCUUCAACGCAGAGUCCCGCGGCGGCAAGGGACGAGGGAGACGAGGAGUAUUGGCAAGAGCUGGAGUUCCGGGACAGAAUGGCGCGCGAAGUGGAGCGCCAGCAAGCUCUGGGAACUCUGAGGCCGCCAACCCCAACAGAGCUCCCAACCCCCCGAAUGGGCGUCGGAGUAGAAAGACCACUGGGGCCAGGGAUCGGGUCCAGUGGAUUAGCUGACGAAGGCGGAGAGGAGCAGGAGAUCCAGGAAGAGGAGGAGGAUGUGCCGUACGACGGGGAAAGGCGAGAUGCGGGGGCUACAGCGAGGCCAGUAUGCGGAUGGGGGGAAGGGCCGACAGCGGCGGCAGGAUUUCGGGAGCCGCGCAGAAUGACCACCGGAGUGGGGCGCGGCGUGAUCCAAGGAAACCCGAUGCAACCCUUCCCCAUGCCUCCCAGACAGCAUCAACGGGCCGCUGAAUGGAUGCCAAGAAGGGAAGAUCUCAAGCUAGAAUACGGAGGGGAAUCAGCCGAACUGAACUUUUUUCUAAUUAGCAUCAGGGGAUACAUGGAAGACAAUGCACACACAUUCCCCUCCGAAGCAAGCAGGGUUCGGGCCAUCGGCAACACACUAAAGAGAGGAGCGGCCAGCUGGUAUGUGCAACUACAUGCCAGACAGGACCCAUGCCUGAGGUCAGUGCCCCGCUUCCUCGCCGCACUGGAAAACCGGUUCAGAGACCGGCUAGAGCAAUUGAGAGCUCGAGACCAGCUUAGAGGAAUAAAGCAGAGGGACAAAACGGUGCCCGAGUACGCAGAAGAAUUCCUCCACCUCGCGGAAAGGGUACCAGAGUGGUCUGAAGUGACCAAAGUGGAAUUAUUUAAAGAGGGACUACGCCCCGAAAUUUUCAGCUGGGCAGCGCACAGAGAUGACCCCGAAACGCUCCAGGGAUGGAUUCAACUAGCGGGGCGCGUUGAAUCCACCCUGGCCCAAGUAAAGCGCUUCAGGAGCAGCGGCGGCCAGCAAAGACCGGUGGCGAGAGGUCGAGGAGAAACGAGGAAGCAGGAAAGACCCGGAGGGAGGCCGGGGAUUCCCUCCAGAGGAGACGACAACAAACCUAAACCGGGAUGCUUUGUAUGUGGGAAGACGGGCCAUCGAGCAGCAGAAUGCUGGGCACGGAAGGGGGAGCCGCCAAAACCCUCAAAGCCCAAGCCAGCAACCGGGAGGCGUGCGGAGGAGGAGGUGCAAGCCCCAGAAUCUCCAGAAAAAUUGGCUUGUGAUGAAAGAAGAACCGAAGAGGAGGACGAAGAAAAGGAGGGCACCAUGUCAUGGAACCCAGUUACAGGGCUUUGGUAAUUCAGCCCUGUAACUGGGAGUCAUAACAUAAACAAUCCCAGGAGCACCUGGCAGAAGAAGAUAGAAUAUGCCUGGGAACUUGGGGCCGAAAGUAUAAACAAUUAUAAUUGGUCUAGUGUGUGAAAAUGGUAGUAAUGUGAUAUUGGGGGUGGGACUUGAUGAUGAUAUUUACGUGUGGUGUUACGUAGCAUCAAAAGUUAUAAAAAUAGUUGUAUGUAAACAUUGGGUCAUUCCUGACUUUUCCAAAGUCAUGUGUUCUUCAAUAAAGAUUGGAUUUGAGAGCAGCCAUCUCUGAUCUGCGUUCAGACUGAUCCUUUGAAGUGAGCAGGACAUUUGCUUAUCCAACGUUCCGCUGGCCCGUUUAUGUUGGAUAAGUGAGACUCUAAUCGAAUCUGUAAAUAAUCCAAUUUGCAAAUGUUAAACCUGGAAAUGCAGAAGGGCAACUCUUGAUACAAUUUUUUAAAGUAACUUGUUGGUUUUUAACUGAAGUAGUGUCUAUUUCAUUGCUUUAAAAAAGAAAUUAAAUACCACAAGCACUGGGUUAUGGUACAAAUAGUACUACACCAUUUUAUUUUGUUAUAACUUCUCUACUCACAACCCAAAGCAGCCUUUGAACCGUACUAAUAUUCCUCUUCCCCUCUUUGAUGAGGAGCCCCUCGUGGUGCAGCAGAUUAAGCCACUGAGCUGCUGAACUUGCUGACCAAAAGGUUGGCUGUUUGAAUCCAGGGGGCGGAGUGAGCUCCCGCUAUUAUCCCCAGCUUUUGCCAACCUAGCAGUUUGAAAACAUGCAAAAUGUAAGUAGAUCAAUAGGUACCACGUCUGCGGGAAGGUUAACAGCACUCCAUGUAGUCAUGAUGGCCACAUGACCUAGGAGGUGUCUACAGACAACGCCCGCUCUUUGGCUAAGCAAUGGAGAUGAGCACCAACCCCCAGAGUCGGACAUAAAUGGACUUAAUGUCAGGGGAAAACUUUUACCUACCUCUUUGAUUACUCUUACCCGGUUUCCCUGAAAAUAAGACAUCCCCAGAAAAUAAGACCUAGUAGAGGUUUUGCUGAAUUGCUAAAUAUAAGGCCUCCCCCGAAAGUAAGACCUAGCAAAGUUUUUGUUUGGAAGCAUGCAGGAUCGGUAAAUGUACAUACCAUAGAUUGUUGUACAUGGAAAUAAAAGUAGUAACAAGAAAUAAUAAUAAUAAUAAUAAUAUAAUAACUUUAUUCUUAUAUCCCACCUCCAUCUCCCAGAAGGGACUCAGGGCAGCUUACACAGGGAUAAGCCCAACAACAACAUAAAUUUACAUACAAACAGAAAUUUAAAACAGUAAUUUUAAGCAGUAUAGCAAUAAAAUAUAAUAUAGAAGUUCUUAAAAGGAUUCAGUUUGGUUAUGCUGUUUUGUGAUGAUAACUACUGUACAGUAGAUAAUAAAUUUUCAUUUUUAAAAAUUCAACCAUAAAUGUGAAUUCGUCUUUGUGGAAAACUAAGACAUCCCCUGAAAAUAAGACCUAGCACAUCUUUGGGAGCAAAAAUUAAUAUAAGACACUGUCUUAUUUUCGGGGAAAC